AUGCCAUCAGCUCCGUUACGAGAUCUUUUUAGAUCUGAGAAGCCCGACCUAGUAACUCACGAGAUUAUCCUCGUUCAUGGCUUCAAAUCUUGCUCGGGAUCGAAAUCGCGAUCGCCAGAAUGUCGACGGAUCCUCAAGUCCUGGGUCGCCAACGAGAUUAAGCCAAUCAGAAAUUGCGUGAACGUCCGUACAUUCUCCUUCGACAGCGCUCAUAUCCUUCACAAUGGGAGAUCUGCACUUCAUGAGUCUACGCUUGAGCUAUCCAACAGUAUAGCAGCUACUCAAGACCCUACAUCGCCCCUAUUCUGUUCUACCUCGAAUGGAGAUCACGGUCGCUCAUCCAGGGCCGCCAUCUUCAUCGCCCAUGGAAUGGGAAUUUGGGUAGUAAAGGAGUUAUUGACCCUCAUCAGCAGCCAGGUCAACCGCAUCGACCCUACUGGACUGUUCUUCUUUGAUAUCCCAGAAGCUCUGAUGGCCCCCAAUCCUGUCGUUAACAUAUCCACUCGCCUAGUGAUAUCGCCAUAUCUCCACGAGUUCUCGGAGACAUUCAAGAUUGAAUUGAACCAGGCAAAACUACCCGGCCUUCAAGCCAAGAUCGAAGACAUCGACGUCAAUUUCCAAAAUUUGGCAAUGGCCCGCUACGGACGAUGUGAAGCAAUAGGAGGGCAAAAUAGUGUAGGAACCUCCUAUACCACGAGGGCAAUGUGCCACAAUAUUUGGAUGUCUUCAACCCCUGCUCUGACUUUCGAAAAGCCAACCGUUAAGGAUUUCGCGCGGCAAGCCGGCUGUUUACUCAAGGGUUGUAGACCAAACACUGAGACACCGAUACAAAAACUCGCGGAUCUAGGAUUAGGGGAGGAGCUGAGCGCGGCCAUCUCGUCCCGAGGAUUUUAUGACCCAAGGCAAGAGCUUAUUCCUCUAGAUCAAAUACCGGUUAUAACAUUAGACCCUCCCGAAGCCACGGACUGCCCCAAGAAGAGCAGUUCCGGAAAUCCUAGCAUAUCUUCGACUAACCCCACGAAUGAUUCAACAGGUGGCCCGGAGAACAGCGACUCUGAGAGUGGUAGCAAGACAACCAUCAAACAUUCUUGUUGUCAUGAGAAACAAGAGUCGAGUGGUGAUGAAGAGAGCCCGUGUCAUGGCUCGGGAAAAAGUGAUCCUGUGAAGGCCGGUAGUUCGUCAAGCGAGCCCACCGACAAUCCUACUUGCAGUCCAGAAAAGAGCGGCCAAACGGAAACCAGCACGGUUCCUGAUAACUCUUGCAACUCUAAGGAUGAAGGUCCUGAUGAUGGUAGCGAGGCCCCCAGUUCUCCGAAGAGCGAUGCUGUAAUAGCCAACACAGUCGUUGAUAAUUGCCCUCAUUGCAUAAAGAAGGAGAAAUUAGCGACGGCUGAAGAAUCUAACUGUGAUUCUAAGAAAGAGGAUAUUGUGGAUACCAAGACAUCCGGUCCCGACUGUGGAACGGUGAAAGGCAAAGAAAAAGAACGUCUCGACUCCCCGAGAAUGUCACCACUCAGUUUGCCCGAAGCGGCCAUCCCGAUGCCUGAAAACGUUAAGGAUGAUAAAGGGGAACAUGACGCUAGACGCAGUCUUCCUGAUGACUACAAGGUCGAUGAUGAAUUCGACUUCGAUAAUAUUAUUACUCAGCGAAACAGAGCUGCAGCAGAGGACGACGAGGAAGCAUUGCAUUCCUCCAUACAAAAGUUAGAAGUUCUCAAAUUCCACCAAAAAGAGAACCUCGAAAACGAUGACCCCAGGAUACUGAUAACGCAACGAGAGAUUGUGAAGACAAGCAUCGAAUACGGGUGGUGGAAUGGCACCAUCAUGAAAAAUUGGGCGAAAAAUGAUAUUUUCGAAAUGGAAGACCUUGUUCGCAAGGCGUAUGACGGAUUGAGACAAUCUCUUGGCCCUCACCAUCGCGAGACUAUGGAGGCUCUUGCCUUAUUAUUUGCUCUAGGAGUCCCGAUGCUUGAAGUUGACGAGCUCCCUGUCGCGGAUAUACAAGCUAUCCAGAGCAUGGUGAGGCAGAAGCGGAUGGCCAACUAUGAAGAAACCAGGCAGCCCGGCAAGCUCCUACGUGUAUUAGGGCUUGAGUAUAAGGCCGCACAUAAGCGAGUAGCACGCCCUUAG